UUGCCCUGGACGCCGUCGAGGUGAGCAUGUAGUCGCUACCUUCGGAAUCUGAAACAUACGGCAUCGAUGUGUGCUAUGAUUCCAAUGUUUCUUGUUCUGUCCAGGGCAGCUUUCGCCGCAUCUUGCCGCUGAAGUGGCGCAUGGCUUCGAGAUGAGGUUGAAAGAAGCCUACGCGGCCAAGAGCAUUCGCCUUGAGUGAUCCUUCGUGCGUAUCGUUGCCGCGCCCAUCUCAAGAUCAUCCCAUGAACAGCUGAACAGUCCCUCACCAGCAAUUCAUCGAAUGCGCAGUGCUAUCGACAGGCAAAGGAAUAAAGAUAGAGUUGCACGCACACCGUCCAACCUCCGCUUCCAGCGACGCCAGUCCGAGCGCGCUUUCUAUGAGGGUGCCUUGAGAGACCCCAAUCAGCCUACCAUGGAUUAUAGUACGGGAGGAGGGCAGAGUCCGUGGGCCAGUAGCCCGGAGGCGAACAGGACGAGCUUUGGCGACGGGCCUGGUGGGAGCGGUCCGCGACAUGAUCUACCUGGGCCUGCCAUGCCGGAGCAUCAGCGGGAGGAGCAUGGUGCCAAUGGCACUCAAGCACAGGCCCAGCAACAGGGGCAUGCGUAUCAGCAGCAGCAACAGCCUGGGUCGUGGUCGCCCGAGCAGCAACAGCAGUGGCAUUACCAGCAACAGCAGCAGCAGCAGCAGCAGCAAUACGGCCCGGGCCAAGACCGGAUGGCUGCCGAAGAGGGCAGACGUCCACACUCGACUCGCUACCACAACAUGCCACCGCACCAACAACAGACACGGCAGCAGCACGUGCCGCAGUACAAACUCCAGGCCAAGAUCACAGGGCUGGAGAGGACGGGGAAGAAGGACCCGAUUCUGCGCUUCGAUGUCUACGUAUGCAAGAUCUACGACCUCAUGAAUGUAAUCUUGGCUGACAUUGACCACCAGACCAACCUGCCCAAGUUCAGGACCACCCAGUUCCGAGACAUCCGCCGCACGCACUCCGAGUUCGAGAAACUUGCCAAUCAUCUCGUGGCCUCCAACCCAGAAGCUUUGGUUCCCGCUGUGCCACCACCGUCUUCGAGCGCCGGAAUGGGAACGGACGAAGAUGAAGCACGCACUAAAGCUGCGAUGCAGAGAUGGCUAAACGUAGUCUGCAGUAACGACGUGCUCAUGCGAGACGAGGAGAUGGUGUUCUUCGUCGAGUCCGACUUCGGCUACUCGCCGGUUGUGCGGAAACGGCAGCCGGCGACGGGUGUACGGCGAAAGAUGCUCAAGCAGUUCGCGCCGCCGCCAGACGACACGCCGGAGCUGCUUGAGAGCAGGCCGAUCGUGAAAGCGUUCUACCUCGGCGCGAUGGACAGCCAGCAGAAACUGGACAAGGUUGUCCGGCAUAGGCGCUCACUUGGCGUUGCGGAGUCGGAUCUAGGCAUCAAACUGGCUUCACUCACGGCACAAGAGACGCAUCCUGGACUUGGCAAUGCUUACCGCAAGCUGGGCAGGGUCAUCCAAUCGACCGGCGACUUUCAUGCCGCGCAAGGGACGGCGGAAGCGGCGACGCUUUCCGACCCCCUCGCGUACCACAGCAGCGACGCCUUGAUCGUGAAGGAGACGCUCACGAAUCGGCACAUCCUUCUGCGCGAGCUUAUCCAAGCCCAACAGUCCACUCGCGCCAAGCUGGCCGCCGCGGACCGCCUCAAAGCCUCAUCCAGCGUCAAGCGUGACAAAGUCGACGAGGCCAUCUCCGCCCUGGACGAAGCACGCAGUCACGAAUCCUACCUGAUGCAGAAGACGCAGCGCGUGACUGCUAACCUACUAGUGGAGAAGCGGAAAUGGUUCGCCCGCACGGCCGCCGACAUGCGUGCCAGCAUCCGCGAGUACGUGAUUCGUGAGAUCGAGGCCGAGCGCCGCACCCUCGCCACUUUGGAGCAAGUCCGCCAUGAUGUCCGCAACAUUGACGCCUCGGGUGGUCUGAGCCGACUCGGAAGGGAAGCUCAUCCAGUCGUAAGACGCACUAGCAUGGCGUCCUCGCAGGGACCAAAAGGCGACGCCUGGUCCGGCGUACCCAGACGGCCGGACGGGCUCAACCGAAGCAUCUCCGGGAGUUUCGUCGCGGGGCAGACGGUACCUGAAGAAGGCGAGGAGGAGGCGGAAGAGGGUGGGGCGGAGGGUGCGGUGAAGGGGCGGAAGAGGGGUACGAGUAGUGUCAGUAGUUUGACGAAGGUUGAGGAGGACGAUGAUGCCGAUCGGGUGGAUGCUAGGAACGCCGCUUCGAGGUUGGCGCAGACGACGUUUUAG